UUCAGAUUCCUCUCCUAAGUCUCUUAUUUCUAACAAACCCUUUGCAUCGCGCUGUUACCGUUCUCACGAUCCUCUUCAUAAAUGGCUUCAGCGUGCAGCAGAAUCGCGCAAAGAGCUUCUUCAUUUUCUUCCAUAAAAUCAACCAUCAAAUCCACUCUUCGCUCUUCAUCCUUCUCCAACACCGCCACCACUACUUCUCCUCUUCGCCGAUCCAUUUUAACCAGGGUUGCUCCGGAACUGAGAUGCGCGCAGUCGAUGCUGCCACUGCAUAGUGCGGUUGCGACGGCGAGGAUGACGUCAUGCCUGAGAACAACAUCUCGGAGCUGCCGAGCGCUAUCACAGGGUACUCUCUGCUGCACCUCUCCCGGCCUCUAAUACUUACUUUUUCCUCCAUAAAAAUUCUUCAACUGCACAUAGUUAAUUGGGAGCUUGCGGGACCAGUCACUUUUGACCUACUGCCUCAUUACCAAGUAUGAAAAGAUUAAGUGUUCUUUUAACAUUUAAUAAUAAUCUCUUAGCAAUCUUAUAAUACAGCCGUAUCUGUUUCAUAAAAAUGUUCUGAUUUUUCACCAAUGUAUGUUAGGAUAAGAAUGGAUUUCAUGUGCAGUAAUGCCCUCCUCUUUUCUUUUUUUUUGGAAUUGAAAAGUGGAAUUCGGAUGUUUGACGAAUGAAAAUUGUGAAGUCGAUUUUAGCAUCAUUUCUAGAGUAAUUGACAACAUUCGUUCCUUUUUCUUCGCUCAAUGUUUUCUUGCUAAGGCUUUGAGGUUGAGUAUCUUGCACUUGUAAUCAAUUGCUCUUUGAAAGAGGUCUGGUGAUUUCCUUUAGAAAACCCCAAAUGACUAGUUCUUUGCUAUUUUUCAUGUACUUAAAUGUAGCAAAUGUGAUGAACAAUUAAAUCAUUAGAUGGGGGCAUUUUUGGCAAUCUAUUUCAGUUUGAUGUGUUAAGGAGGCCUAUAGAAGUCCUUGUAAGAAGGAGAGUGGAUAAGAUGAAUGUUAGUCUAAUGGAGGAGGUGGAGGGAGACUUGGAAACCAUGGAAGAAACUAUCAAAACAAUUUAGAACUUAGUAAUCUAAAUAUGAACAGGAUUUCAUGCGUCAUCUAAUCAUUGUUUGUUGCCAAUCUCACCUAUUGGGUCAAGAGUCCAGACUUAGUAAUUGUGGUAGUUGUUGUAUUUUGGUUUGAUGUUCCAUUGGACUAGUUGCAAUGUUUUUUCCAUCCAUUAAUUAGUAUGAUGAUUCUGGUGUGGUGGAUACAAUUAGAUUCCAAAAUUUUCAUUGUGAGGUCAAUUUAUUACCAUACUUCCACUGCUCCUUAACCUUCACCUAACAAAUAACAUAUAUGUAAUUCUUCAAAUUAAUAAAAUAACCAGGCUACGAGAUGGUUACCCCACAUCUUUCUUGUGUUACUGAUUUGUUGGUAUAAAUUUCCUCCGUAAUUAGGAGAUGAUUAUCCCACAUCUUCUUUGUGUUAGCUCACUAGUCUACUUAAACAAGUGUUGGGAAUUCAAAUCUCAGUUUGUACAUGCAGUAAUUCAUUGGCUAGCGAAAAAUCCUUAAAUGGACUCAAAUUUCUAACAGAUUAGUCCUUGAACUGUUGGGGUGAGGAAUAUUGUGGGAAAUCAAAAAAGAAAAUGUUGAAUAGAUAAUUAAGGACAGUUAUUGAACAACCUGAUUCUAGGAUGAGAACAUUUGGCCUAAAAUUUAUAUAAAUCAGAUUUUCUAUUUAUAGUAAAUAAGUAUACUGUUGGUAGUUAACUUAACUGCUACUUUU